AAUACAUUUACAAUCCUUUGACGAGAAAAGUCGGAGUUUUUCUGAUAGAUUUUCGCUUCAAAUCAGUAAUUUCAGGCCGAGUCAUGGUGUUAGUUAUAUCUUGAAAGAAGAACGGGAAAUAUCAUGUCACCGCUAGAAAGAAGGGACACAAAUCGUCGGGAAACAAUCGGUACAAAAAAAGAUCUCCGAGAUCGAGUAAUCAUUAAUGUCGGCGGUAAACUGUUCGAGCCCUACAUAAGUACUCUAAAAAACAUUCCUGAUAUUCCACUCGCGAGGAUCCUCGAUAACCGCACAAAGCUCGAUUAUGACCCUGAAACGGGAGAAUAUUUUUUUGAUCGACAUCCUGGCGUUUUUGCCCAAGUAUUGAACUAUUUACAGACAGGCAAGCUUCACUGUCCUCGCAAUAUUUGCGGUCCGCUGUUUGAGCAAGAACUUGCGUAUUGGGGCUUAGACGAGCAACAAAUGGAGUCGUGCUGCUGGCCAAAUUACACAAAGCACAGAGACGCCCAGGAAAAUCUACAGGCUUUGGAUUUCAGGCCAAAAUAUGAAAACGAUAUGGAUGAGCCUCGGCGACCGUUUUUCAAUGAUCCGAGUUUGUCGUGGUGGCAAAGAAAUCAACCUAUUGUUUGGGAGAUCUUAGACGAUCCGUACUCAUCUUCGACGGCAAAGGUAGAUUUUCGUUCGUUUUCUUAUUUGUCUACUUUGUAUCGCUGUUUCUUAUUACCUACUGUUACGAUUACCCACAAUCUGUUUAGGAAUCGAGCAAAAAUGAACAACUGUAUUAAAAAGAUAUAAAUUUUUAAGGUAAGCAGUAUGAAAGCUUAAAAUUACUGAGACCUUUCUGUCAGUUACGAACUAUCAAAUUAUAGAGAAUGUGAGUAUAUUGUGAGCGUACUAAAGCCUUUUUUAACAAAUUAAAAACACCUUUAUAUCUAUAUUUUUUAGGUAUUCGCUUGGGUCUCGCUCGCUUUUAUUGUAACCUCAAUAUUCACCAUUUGCCUAUGGACAGUUGAAUACUUCAAGGGAUUUAAAGAAGUUGCUGAUCCUUUGAAUAUCACCAAGCAUCCGGCGACAAACGAGACACAAGAAAAUAACAGUAAGUGCUUAAAAAAAUAUGGGUAUUUAAACCGUGCACCCGUGAAGAACAAGGAAGAUGAAAUAGUGAUUAAUGCUAGUGCAAAACACAAUUUAAAAACUGAAAGCUUUGUGAUUGGCCAAAACAAAUAUGUUUUCAGAAACAAGGAAUUCUGAAGCUUUGAAACAGGUCCGUAAAAUAAUUGCCUUAGGGUCUCUUGUUCUUAUCCUGAACUUUGUCCGUGCAACGAUUUCGCGCAUAAAUAUCACGUCCCAAUUAUCUCCACUGCUGGAUUUCUGAGGAGACAUGUAAUUUGUACAAAUGCUGAUGGGUUAACUUGUGUCUACCUCAGUUUUUAUAGGUCAGAGGAUUAAUUUUUGUUUGGGGUUUUACUUUGAGUAUGCUUGAUAUUUUUCAGUAAUCAGAUGUUGUUAUUAGAGACCUUAAUUUAGAUUCGAGGACGGGAACGGCUACGAGUACGAGAUUUGAUUUAUAGUUUUUUCGCGUAUUGUCAAAAAAUAGACAUCCCGGAAUUCUUCAUUGUACUUUUAUUCACCAGAAAAAUUAGCACUGUUAUCGUUAUUGAAGGAGGUUAAGACCUCUCCAGAUUGCAAAAUGCUAAAACUUCUAACAUUUGAUAACUUGUUCCCGCCACUACGACAAUCUCGUUAAAACUCGUAGUAGAAUGACAUGCGCUACCACUUUUUCCCGCCAAAAUGACGCUGCCUCACGCGCGGGCACCAAUUAGUCAGUGAGAAAAUCUAGUACUCGUAGUCGUUCUCGUCUUAGAAUCUUACCCUCUCCAUUCUGCUUUCAGCAACGAGAACAGGAACCAUGAAAGUUGAAUUCUCAACCCCGAUGGAAGUGUUAACAAUUAUAGACUCAGUGUGCACAGGGUGGUUCACCUUGGAAUUCCUGUUACGCCUUGUAUUUUGCCCGAGCAAGAUUCAAUUUAUAAAGAAGUUACAAAACUGGAUUGACCUGUUGGUAAUUAUACCACUGUACCUUCUUCUGGUUUUCGAACGCACAACGCUAAUUGAAGUCUUGAACACGACGCGAGUAGUCCGAAUAUUUCGCUUUUUUAAACUUCUCUACGACCUGCAGAUUCUUGGGAAGACAGUCAAGGCCAGUCGUUAUCAACUUUUUCUGCUGUUGUUAAUUCUGCUCAUUCCCGUCAUCAUUUUCUCUAGUCUCGCUCUAUACGCCGAGUUAAACUGGGGCACCGAUAAAUCACAAUCUCAGUUCCACAGCCUGCCAAACUCGAUGUGGUGGGGGAUAAUCACCAUGACAACCGUAGGCUACGGCGACAUAGUCCCAGCAUCCCUCGCGGGCAAGAUUAUUGGUGGUAUCGCUUCCAUUUGCGGCAUAAUCAUUCUUUCUACUUCCGCUUCAGUGAUUGGCAGCACUUUUUCACUGUAUUACAAUCUGGCCCAAGCCCAGUUAAAGAUCCCUAGAAAAAGGCAAAGUUUUGAGGUAGAUUACCAGACUUUGCCUGCGGUAUUAGCAUGCCGAACCAGUCAAACGGACUCGACAGUCAUUUCCAACAACUCGGACAGUGGUUAUCAGCGGUCUCCGAAUCGCCUUCAAAUCUGUGACAGAAGUAGUUUCGUGUUUGAUUCGAACGCUUCCCCAUCCUCCAAAUCACCUUGUUCCUGUCAGCUAUCCCAAGAUCCUCCAAUACCUUUAAAGCAGGUUUCUCCGCGUCCACAUGUACCUCUUUCCAGAAAAGCAAGUAUAAGGCGCGACAGCAUUCUCGUGUGA